AAUCAGACCGGUGGAGAAGCAGUAGGAUCAGCAGUUUCCUGGGUAUGUAAGGAAAAAUUUGGCACAGGCAAUAGAACUAGAAAAGAUUGCAACUUCUUUAAUUCUUCAUCCAUUUCUUUUUAGUAAACCCGCUCCAAAGAGGAUUUCCAGAUGGCACAAGGUCACAAAGUCAGGUUGAUAUACAUUUUUAAUUCCAAUGCAUUAAAGUAUGUCACUGUUCGCCCUGUGUUUCUUUUUAUUGAGUUACAUGGCUUAUUGUUUUAGACUUUUGAAUCCAUGUCAUGUCUUUAGGAUUAAUAAAGUAUAUAUUAUCUUGCAUCUGAUCUAAAACAGGAUCGGGCAUUCGCUCAGUGAAGGGGAAAAUAUAUACCGUUCUGGUAGAAAGCUUUCUGUUCAGAAAUGGCUGGUGAAGAACAACAUUCCUUGUUCUUUGAGUAAGGUACCCAACAUCGCUAUACUUGGCUCUGGAGGGGGAGAGCGAGCCAUGGUAGGAAUGCUGGGCUCCCUGUCCCAGAUGGGGGAGCAGGGACUUCUGGACGCUGCCCUCUACAUGAGUGGUGUCUCUGGAUCAACAUGGUGCAUGGCUUCUCUUUAUGAAAAGGCUAAUUGGUCAUCAGACAUGAAGCAGAUAAAGGUUGUUGUGGAGAGACUUGGGCACAGCAGUGUCAGCCUGAAGGACAGAGUUUGGAAACUGAAAAAAUAUCAACAAACAAAUGACAAUUUCUCACUGACAGAUGUCUGGGCUGCACUGUUAGUGACUACGAUUGUCAAGAAAAUAGACGAAUCGACCCUCUCCAACUACCAAACGUGCCAUGACAAAGAUCCAUAUCCCAUCUAUACAGUCAUCGACCAGGAUUGUAAAUACGAACAUCUGCUACGCGAAACCUUCUUUGAGCUAACCCCCCAUGAGGUGGGGUACACUCUAGCUGGAGCCUUUGUGGAAACCUCCAGUUUUGGAAGUAUCUUCAACAAGGGCGUUCUGACAACGCCAAAACCUGAGAUGGACAUGACAUAUCUUCAAGGUCUUUGUGGAAGUGCUCUUGCUGACUCAGAGGUCAUUCUGAAGACAUUGAAGGAAUGGCUUAAAGACAUGACGACAUUAAAGGACCACAAUGGGGUUCAGCUUCUUUCUACUGUGGUAGACCUUCAGCUCUGCCAGUACAGCGGCUGUGACCCUGCUCCCCUGCUUCAGACCGCAAAUGAACUGCUUGAAGGAAAGACGGGUUUGGAUGGCUGUACGUUGAAACUCAACUUCAAAGGGAAGAACAGCAUAGACCAAGACAAAGAGAUUCACACAGUCACUUCAGCUUUAUGCCACUCCUUUUUUGAUUGGCACGAGGACUUGAAGGCUUCUGAUUUCGAGGAAGUGGAUGUCUUUGUGAAGACCCUUCACAAAGUAAAUGAGAAGCUACCAGCUCACCCACUUGAAGGUGCCAGCAAUGCCUAUAAUGAAGAACUUUUGAAGAAGUUGAACGACAGUGUCAAAAGAGAGGAGCUGCAGAGCCAUGAUGGGCCAAGGUUAAUUCUCCAGGCGUUAAAACUUUACAAUAACAUCAUCAGAGAGGACGAGACUCAUUUGGUGGAUGAUUUGAAUGACCUUCUCAAAGGGAAGAAGAUGGAGAGCGGUAGAGAUUUGAGGAUCAACAAAGAUGAGUGGGUCAAAACAGAUCUGAAGUCCAGGAAGCAAUUGGCACUUGGACUCCAAUUGGACAUUUGCAAAUCUUUCUUCAGCUGGUUUCCAGACUUGAAGAAUGCUAGGUUUUACAUCUCGGAAUUUGUCGAAUGGAUGCUGAAGUCAAUCUAUGUUUGGGGAGCCAAUUAUAAUUUCCUCCAUCACAUGAACGCUUCAGAUCUUGGCCAAAGGCUUCUGAAGAGGAAAACCACUCACUUUGAGGACGCCGGUUUGCUGGAGAAUUCUCCCUACAUGAGUGCACUGAGAGCUGAGCGAGAAAUAGAUCUGAUCAUCUCCUUUGACUUCAGUGCAGGAAAUCCAAUGGAGACUUUGACGGAAACAGCUAAAGAGUGUAAGAAAUUGGACAUCUCCUUCCCAGCGAUCAACUACACAAAAACGGACAAAGAUUUUUACGUGUUCAAGGGGCUGAAGAAAGCCCCCACUGUGAUCCACAUACCCUUAUUCAACGUUGCAAACUGUGGAAGCGAGUUGGAGGCUUACAGAGACAAGUAUCACACAUUCCAGGGAGCUUACAGCCCUGAGAUGAUUGAGGAUCUGAUGAAGAAGGCCGGUGAAAACGUAUUAAACAUCAAGGAGAAGCUGUUGAGAGAGAUAGCGGGCAUUGUCCAGCAGAAGUGACCAACUUCUGCAUGAAAAAGCUCCAAUGCUUUUGUUGUUUUCUCUAAUUACUCAAAUUGUUAUUCUGGAAAUUGAAAUAUUUUAAAAUAUGCCUUAACAAUGUAAUCAAGAUAGCUACCUAUUGAAUAACGAAACAAUCGUUAUGUCUGUCUACAAUCAUAAACAAUCGUAGAAAGACAUUGAAAAUUGAAAUAAGAGAGUUGUGAUGUGGUUUUCUUUGAUCGGCCAUUUUAUAUUCAGUACU